AGCCCCAGAGUGGGCCUGGAGCCUCCGGACAGUGGUGCCCAGCAGGCAGCACCCAGCAUCCCUGCCUCAGCCCCCGGGGAUCAGGGAAGCAGAGCAGUCACCAUGCACAUCCCAGAAAGCCUCCAGGACCUGGCCGACAGUGAAGCUGUGCAGUUUCUCAAGAGGCUAAAGACUAUCACUCGGAUCUUCGCAGGGGUCUUCUCUCUCAUCGUCUUCUCCUCCCUACUGACCGACGGCUACCAGAACAAGACUGAGUCUUCACAGCUCCACUGCGUCCUCAACAGCAACAACACAGCCUGCAGCUUCGCUGUGGGGGCCGGCCUCCUGGCCUUCCUCAGCUGCCUGACCUUCCUCGCCCUGGACGCCCAUGAGAGCUGCAUCGCCAACACCCGCUUCAAGACGGCCUUCCAGCUCCUGGACUUCAUCCUGGCUAUCCUCUGGGCAGGCAUCUGGUUUGUGGGAUUCUGCUUCCUGGCCAACCAGUGGCAGCAUUCGCAGCCCAGACACUUCCUCUUGGGGAGCAGCAGCGCCAAGGCCGCCAUCGCCUUCGCUUUCUUCUCUGUCCUCGUCUGGGUAUUCCAGGCCUACCUGGCCCUCCAGGACCUCCCGAAUGACGCUCUAGUCCCCUACAAACGCUCCCUGGACGAGGGCAGCGUGGUGCUGACCUCCCUCUCCCCGCCGUCGGCUGCCAGCCCAGUCAGCACGCCCCCCACGGGCCCCCACGGCCUGAGCUAUGCCAGCUCUGCCCUGCCCCCCUAUCUGACCACUCCGAAGGCCCCCCGCCUCACUAUGAUGCCCGACAACUAGACAGCCUCACCCACAUCAGUAAAGAGAUAAUCCUCCCUCCAGAAGGGUUUCUGAAAACA